AUGAGUCCUGCAUCCAGGUCCCGUGUUGAGAUCGCUGAUAGCGAGUCAGACAGUGAGAGGCUUUCUUCCUCGCCGUGGUCUAUACUCAGCGACAAUGAUAGCAAUACAUCUGAUGAGCGCAGCACAAGGGCUGGCCCCGGCUCACUGGAGCCAAUCGCAGUUAUUGGUAUAGGAUGUCGACUAUCAGGAAGCGCAACAGACGUUUCUGGGCUUUGGGAUAUGCUGAAAUCUGGUCGCUCGGGAUGGACACCAGGGCCUGGGACACGGUUCAACAUGAAGGCCUUCCAAGACCCGACAGGGACCAGGUCUGGAACAACAAAUGCCACAGGAGGACACUUCAUUCGAGAAGAUAUAUCAAAGUUUGAUGCUACAUUUUUCGGGAUCAACCCUGUCGAGGCACAGGCAAUGGAUCCCCAGCAACGCCUGAUGCUCGAAGUAGCCUACGAAGCCUUUGAAAACGCCGGUAUCACGAUGGAUGCAUUGUGGGGAUCCAAUACCGGUGUAUACGUCGGUCAGUGGGCUUCGGAUUACCACGAGAUAGCUACUCGUGAUAUUGAGAGACCACCUCUAUACCUUGUGACAGGCACCGGGCCUGCAAUCACAAGCAAUCGGGUCUCAUAUGUCUUCAAUUUGCGCGGGCCCAGCUUCACAGUGGAUACUGGAUGUUCGUCAAGUUUAGUGGCGUUACAUCAAGCGGUCCUCAGCUUGCGGAACCGGGAAACCACGCAGUGCUUUGUUGGAGGCGUUAACCUACUUCUUGACCCACAACGCUUUCACUACCAGAGCCGGCUUAAAAUGUUUUCUAAAGACGGUCGAUCUUUUCCAUUUGAUGCUCGUGCUAAUGGAUAUGGACGAGGUGAAGGUGUCACGGGUGUUGUUCUCAAACCAUUAUCAGUUGCCCUGCGAGAUGGUGACCCUGUUCGGGCUGUUAUUAGAAACUCUGUCCUGAACCAGGACGGCCGGACACCUGGUAUCAGUGUGCCGAGCGCUGUUGCCCAGAAAGAAGCCAUCAUAAGGGCCUACAGACAGGCAAAGCUGGAUUUGUAUGCUGACUAUGUGGAAGCCCAUGGCACCGGAACCAAGGUUGGCGAUCCAAUCGAGACGAGCGCUAUUGCAGCGGCCCUAACGCAAAGGAGGUCGCCUUCCCGGCCUCUGCCCAUUGGAUCCAUCAAGGGAAAUAUUGGCCACACGGAAAGUGCCGCCGGUCUCGCUGGGCUGAUCAAGUCCGUUCUUAUGCUUGAGAACGGUAUGAUUCCGCCUCAGGUGAACUAUGAGACAACGAACCCUGACAUCCAUCUGGAGGAGUGGAAUUUACGAAUCCCCACAAAACUUGAGAGGCAAACACUGCGUCGCAUCUCUCUUAAUAGUUUUGGAUAUGGCGGGACAAAUGCCCACGUAAUUAUAGAUGCAGCUCAUGAGGCCAUCUCUGCAUUUGGGCGGUUGUCUUUAAGCAGACACCUGCAGUUAUCGUAUCACUCCGAGAAACCGCGAGUCUUCAUGGUGAGCGGCGCAAGCGAAAAAGCUUGCCAGAGGGUGUGUGCCAGGCUGGCUAGGUAUCUUGUCGUCAAUCACCGAAACUCCAUUAACCCUGAUGCCCUGCUCGCUCGUCUAGCCCAUACCCUAGCUAAACAGUCUAUUCAUGCUUAUCGCGUCAUUUUUGUCGCAUCAGAACUUGACGAAUUAAUCAAACAGCUAAUCACUGCCUCACAUUCUACUAUUACUAGACGAGAGAAAUUCGGGCAACAUCGCAUUGCCCUUAUAUUUAGCGGUCAGGGCGCGCAAUAUGCCGAGAUGGGCCGCGAUCUACUCAAAAGCUAUCCCUCUUUCGUUCGCUCUCUUGAGCGUGCACGUCAACAGCUGUCAAGGCUGGGCUGUACGUGGGAUCUUCUCAGCGAACUCUGCCGGCCCAAAGCGGACUCUCGGGUGAACGAGCCAGCUUUCUCUCAGCCAAUGUGCACGGCUAUCCAACUGGCCCUGGUCGACCUUCUGAACGAAUUUGGGGUAUCGCCUUCGGCUGUACUAGGCCAUUCUAGCGGCGAAAUCGGGGCAGCAUAUGCUGCAGGCGCUCUUUCCUUCAGAGAUGCCAUAAGUGUAUCAUACUACCGUGGGAAGCUGGCCAGUGAACUCCUUGCUGAGAACCAAUCCCCAGGAGCUAUGAUAGCCGUUGGUGCACCGCCCGAUAUUGCCGAGCAGCAUAUCAACAAGCUAGGUACUGAUGUUGGACGCAUGCGCAUUGCUUGCUUCAAUAGCCCAUCCAGUGUCACUGUAUCAGGUGACGUAGCGGCUAUUGACCGUAUAAAGGAGGUUUUGGAUACGGAAGGGCUUUUCAAUCGCAAGCUGAUUACCCACGGUGCUGCCUAUCACUCUCACCAAAUGAAAUUAAUAGAGGACAAGUACAUUGCAGCGCUCAAGGGUCUGAAAGCCAAGCCCGUUAGUUCAUCUAUCCGCAUGUUUAGUUCCGUCACAAGCAAGGAGCUGGACGAAUCGACUGUUCUUGACGGUGGAUACUGGGCGCAGAACCUGGUCAGUCCAGUCCUCUUCUCGCAGGCACUACGAACCAUGUGUGAGCAGGACUACAAUGGUUUGCCCAUUGACACGCUCAUCGAGGUUGGCCCACAUUCUCAACUCAGUGGUCCAGUGAACCAGAUCCUCAAGACAAUUCCAGGGCCCCAUGGCCAAGCCUCCUACACCAACACGUUGAAGCGUGGCGAUGACGCAGAAACCGCUCUUCUCCGAUGCCUGGGAUUUUUGGCCAUCAAGAACGGCUCGGUUCGUCUCUGUGAUCUCAACAAGGAUUCCAAGGAUAGCGACAUCCAGCCACUGGCUGAUUUGCCGCCUUACUCCUUCGACCAUGACCGUAGCUUUUGGCACGAAACCCGCCUGUCUAGGGACUAUAGACACCGAGAACAUCUCCCGCAUGAACUCCUUGGAACCCUUUCUGCAGAUGUUAACAAACUAGAGCCCCGCUGGCGGCGGUUCGUCAGCCUCAAGGAAACCCCUUGGCUCCGUAACCACAUUAUACAAGGGCUCAUCACAUUCCCUGCGGCAGGUUAUAUCACAAUGGCAAUCCAGGCCAUUCGCCAGCAUAUGCACACAGCCAAUCCAGCUUCUACAAUUCAAUUUAUUCGUCUCCGUGAUGUUAGCUUUGGGAAAGGCCUCGUGCUACCUGAUGAGAACGCCGAAGUCGAGAUCUCGCUAUCUCUGCGUCCACAAGCGAGAACCGCUCGCGAGUCAUCAGGUAUCUGGAACGAGUUCCGUAUCUUCACCGUGACACCCGACCAGAAAUGGACGGAGCACUGUCGCGGUCUCGUCCAGGCAGAGGUUGACUCUGUUGAAGGUUUCAGGAGUAUAUUCACGCCUGCUGAUAUUUCUCGUAUCGACUCAGAGUGCACUCAUGGCACCAUACCACAAAAGUUCUAUGCCGUUGGCAAACGAAACGGCCUUGAUUGGCAGCACCCUUUCAACAACUUGCACCAAAUUCGUAGCAGCAAGCAUUCGUGCGUUGCCACUGCUCGCGUUCCCGAGUACGAGAUGCCAUCAGGCGGAAUGGAGGAUUUGCUCCACCCGGCCGUGCUUGACUCUGCCCUCUUCCACGGUCUGUCUACUGUGAUCUACUUGGAAGAUGGCCGCUCAUCCGCAUACGUGCCCACCUUCAUAAAACAGCUUUGGGUUGCGAAUCGUCAUGUGGCUCCAGGGAGCUAUUUGACUUGCUCCACGAUUCGCCGGAAUGAGCCAUUAGUCUUUGACCUUCACACCAAGGAUGAGAUUAACCAAAUGGCUGUUGUCGCGCAGGGUAUCCGUGUCACUAGCUUGGGAGGUGACGUUGCAGCAGGAGUCUCGAAAAGGGAGGCGUGCCACACUCAGACGCUUGUUCCAUAUGUUGAUGCUUGGACAACAGAACAUCGAGAUCAGGUCUGCAGGGCUACAAUUGAGUUAGGCUCUCUAAUGGAGACCAACCGUGCCCUGGAUGCAAUAACCAUCCACUUUGCGCAAAACGCUAUACGUGAAAUCUCGCUGAAUGACAUUCAGGAAACCCAUCUCCAGCGCUAUUUCCAGUGGAUGGGUACUCUUGCAGACGAAACUUACGACAAUAUACUACUCGAGAACAAACCCGAAGACCUUGGAGUUAUCGGUGAGGCAAUAGCUAUUCUGGGACCGCAUCUAGUGGAUAUCCUCAAGGGCAAGACGUCUGCGUUGUCAUUAUUGACGAAAAACAACUUGUUGUCCCGUGUCUAUACUGAAUGGUGCUCAUCAAGACUAUACCCGCAGAUGAGCGCGUAUUGUCACGAGCUAGGUCGUUUCAACCCGCAACUGAAGGUUCUUGAGAUUGGCGCCGGUACUGGUUCAGCCACACUGCCGAUUCUGAAGGCCCUGAACGAUUGCAGCGGCCGAUUUAUCCAGCGUUAUGAUUUCACAGAUAUCUCACCCGGCUUCUUCGAGCCUGCUAAGGAGCGGCUAGGUGAUCUUGCCAACGUGGUCGAGUUUCGCGUCUUGGAUGCGGGGCGCAAUGCCCAAGAGCAGGGAUUUGAGGAAGGCGCAUACGACCUCAUCGUCGCAUGCAACGUCAUCCACGCGACGCCGCGGAUUGAUGAGACCCUCCGCAACAUCAGACCCUUGUUGAAGCCCGGAGGCAAGUUUAUGCUAAUGGAGAUCUCUCGUUAUACCCUUUAUUUUAACAUAGUUUUUGGCCUAUUUGAAGGUUGGUGGCUUGGCUAUGAUGAAGGUCGCACGCGCUCCCCCCUUCUUACGGACUCUGAGUGGUGUCAGCGAUUGGAAAAGGCUGGCUUUGCUCAUAUUGAAAAGGCCUUUGUUGAUUACCCCCAUGAAAAUGGCGGCAGUCUCAGCGUCUUCAUAUCUACUGCGCCUUUCCCGAGGAGGAAUGAAUCGCUUCCGAUCCAUCUCCUCACAGAUUCAAAUGCAUCCAACGCCACAGAAGAGCAGGCGCAAGAGAUUCAGCAGGCCUGUCAGACGUCGGUAGCUCUAUUGCCCAUUACUCAUCCAUGUCAGCAUGGGGGAGUUGCCAUCUUGCUUCCAGAAAUUGCCAAGCUGUUAUGCGCUGAACCAGAUGUGAAUGUCUGGAAUUCUUUCAAAAACUGGAUCUUGAAAUCGCGGGCCGUGCUCUUGGUCAGCAACUGCACCAUGGCGGAUUCUUCUCAUGCAGAAACCGGCUUGUGGGCUGGCUUCGCCCGAACAAUGCGUCUGGAAUAUCCAAAUCUGCGCCAGGUUGUAUUGGACAUCCAGACUCCCAACGUGCCAGUCAUGAGCAAACUUAAAGAAGUUCUCCCGAUAAUCCUUAACAGUUCGAGCUUUGACCUUGACUGUCUCAGUAGUGAAGUUGAGAAUGAGUUCACGGAAAAGGAUGGGCAGCUGUUUGUAUCACGCUACGCAUACAGACCUGAUAUCAGUAGAGAUGUGGAUUUGACUAGUCGACAAGCAGCUUCAGAACCGGUUCCAUUCGUCAGUACGGGCAGAAUUUUGACUGCUGAGCUAGGAGUUCCGGGUCUACUUGAGACCAUUCGCUGGAAGGACGAUAUUGAAUGCCCACCUCUCGGACCUGAUGAUGUUCGCUUCGAACUACGUGGAGCUAGUAUCAACUUCAAAGAUGUUCUUAUCGCUGCUGGCCAGCUUGAGGGCAUCACGGAGAUGAGAAACGACUGCAGCGGUGUCGUCGUCGAAGUGGGCGAAAACAUGAAGCACCGCUUCAAGCCCGGAGAUCGGGUCUGCGCACUUUAUUCCCGCUCCUACACCAACUAUCCUCUUGUUCACGGAGACUGCUGUCAGGUCAUACCCGACUCUCUGUCCUUCGCAGAGGGCGCAUCGCUUCCGAUUGUUUGGGCUACGGUCUACUAUGGACUUGUUGAUAAGGGCUCCCUGUCCAAGGGUGAGAAGAUUCUUAUCCAUUCCGCCGCAGGUGCUGUUGGACAAGCCGCGAUCAUGCUUGCCCAGCAUCUCGGAGCCGAGGUCUUCGCCACAGUUGGAAGCGAGGCAAAGCGCGAUCUUCUUCACGCUAAAUACGGUGUUCCCUACGACCAUAUCUUCUCGAGCCGUACGACAGCUUUCUACGGGGAGAUCAUGAAAUCCACAGGCGGUUAUGGUGUGGAUGUUGUUCUGAACUCUCUGAGCGGCGAAAUGUUCCGCGAAUCAUGCAAUUUGAUGGCCUCCUUCGGUCGUUUCGUUGAGAUUGGGCGUAAGGAUCUAAUGGAUGAUGCUUUGAUGCCAAUGGAGUUCCUCCUACGCAACAUCACUUUUUCUUAUGUUGACUUGACGGCUAUUAUUGAGCAAAGGAAACCCUUGGCGAGAAGGUUGCUCCAUGACAUUGCGGAUCUUGCAGCAUCUGGUUCUAUUCGACCAGUGACUCUGACCACAAUGCCGAUUUCUGAUAUUGAGAUCGCCUUCCGUCAAAUCCAGGCUGGCAAGCAUACUGGGAAGAUUGUCCUCACGGUGGAAGAGAACCAAGAAGUACCGGCUGUCCCGUCUAUGCCAAAGCAGGCCAGGCUUCACGAAGAUGCAUCGUACAUAGUUGUCGGUGGCUUGGGUGGUCUAGGACGCUGGCUUACCACCUGGUUAGCUGAUCAUGGCGCAAAGCACAUUGUCGCCCUCUCACGCUCGGGUGCAAAGGAUGCAGACAGCCGCACAUUCAUCAGUAACAUCCGUGGCCGCGGAGUAAAUCUGAUUGCACCACCUUGUGACGUCGUCUGCGCUGACGCCGUGGUUGCGUUGGCUCAAGAGCUGAAGCGCUCAGAAUUACCGCCUGUGCGCGGAGUUAUCAAUUCGGCCAUGGUCCUCCGCGACACUCUCUUCGACAACAUGACAGAAGACGACUGGCGCACUGCUCUCGCCUCCAAGGUUCGCGGAUCGCAGAAUCUGCACACAACAUUUAAAUCGCUUGACUUCUUCGUCAUGAUGUCUUCUAUCGUCGCUGUGCGCGGCAACUACGGCCAGUCAAAUUACAGCGCGGCGUGCAGCUUCCAGGACACGUUUGUCCGCCACAUGGUACAGCAAGGCGAGCCCGCAUUCUCCAUCAAUAUCGGCCCCAUCCGCGACGUCGGAUAUGUCUCGGAGAACCCGGAAGUCGCAGAGGCCCUCCGCCGCAACGGGCUCGGGUCAAUCGGUGUGUCUGACGUCCUCAUCGUUCUGAACCACGCCAUCUUGAACGCUCGCGGUGCCAACCCAAGCACCUGCGUUGCAUCAAUCGGGCUCAUCGCCUCCGACGACGAAUCCGAGAACGGACGCGAUUUCCUCAUGACGGACCGUCGCUUUUCUCAACUCGUCAAGCACAACGGCAGUAAGCAGAAGAGCGCCGGUGAGGCUCUCGACGCAAUCACUCUCCUAUCAGCGGCAACACAACUCGACGAAGCUGUCCAUAUCGUCACAAACGCGAUUCUCAACCAGCUAAGCAAGCUUAUAGUCACGCCUGUGGAGAUGCUUUCACCUGCGCAGAGUCUUGACAGUUACGGCGUCGACUCGCUUGUUGCUGUUGAAUUGCGAAACUGGAUCGGGGCGUACUUGCAUGCGAAUGUCCAGCUUAUGGUUAUUCGCGGGACAGGGAGCAUCUCGCAACUGGCGGCAAUUGUGGCGAAGGAGUCGAGGGUUGUCAAGCUCUAA